AUGGAUACUUCCGGGGAAGCCAACCCUGACCUUGAGUCUUUCCGUGAGCAAUGGAGAGCAGAGGUCCGGGCAAGACAGCCAACAGCCCAAGCUUCAUCAUCUUCUUCUUCUUCUCAGCAACCACAACAACAACAAACGACAGUAUCCGUAGCCGAGCUUGCAGCAGAACAUCAUCUUCAUCCCCGGAAGCCUCCGCCGGCACCGGCCAAAAAGGUUGUUGCACCACGCCAGGAUUAUGAAGACGACUAUGUUCAGCCGAGAUCGUUCGAUGCACCGAACGAUGGAGCUGCGGCGCCGUCCACGUCGACACAAGGGGGAUGGACGGCGAACAAGGUCAUGAAAGAUCCGGUGACGGCUCUUGAUCACUAUGAGAAGGCUGUGGAGAGGGAGGCGGCGGGUAGCUUGGGUGAUAGUUUGAAGCUGUACAGGAAGGCCUUCAGGAUGGAUGAUAGCGUGGAUCAGAAAUACAGAAACAAAUAUUUCCCAAAACAAAAGGCCAAACCGCCAGCGGCAACCCCUGGAACUGCUGGUGGUACAGAGAGUGCUGCUGCUGCAUCGACACCGGCAGAACAGCCGCAGACUAUGAAGGAGCUGAUCAACAGCUUCGCGGGGUUAGCCAUCGAGCCGGCCGGUCCUCCCAUAGAAGGAAUGCCGCCACCUCCGUGCCCUAUGGCGUCUCUUCCCGAAGAGCUUCUAGUUCACAUCUUGCGCGACGUGGCGAUACUAGAUGUUGCCGACUUUGUCCGUCUUGCGCAAGUCUGCAAGAAGUUCGCUUUCCUGGUCGCCACCGAAGAUAGGAUUUGGCGACGUAUUUGCUUGGGUGACGAGUUUGGGUUUGGUGCCAUGCACUAUCACUGGCAACGGCAACUUACCUGGGAGCCAUUGACGGAGGAAGACCUUCUGACCGAAUUCGAGGAGCAAAUGCAAGCUCAGGAGAAAGCCCGAGCAGAGAAAGCCGCGGCGCUCGGUGAGGAUGCUGCCGCCGAAGAUGAUGAAAGCACAGAGAGCCCAGAUGUCUCCCUGCUGCUCCCCCUGACUCCUGAACAGCGAACAGAAAAGCAUUACGAAGAAUCACGAGCCACCACCCUAGCCUUGUACAAGACCCUCUACAACUCGAGCUGGCUACGCAUGUGGCGUCUCCGUCCCCGCAUCCGCUUCAAUGGCUGCUACAUCAGCACCGUCAACUACAUCCGCGCCGGCCAGGCCAGCGCCAACGCCACCACCUGGGGCAGUCCCGUGCACAUCGUCACCUACUACCGCUACCUGCGCUUCUUCCGCGAUGGCACCGCCAUCAGCCUGCUCACCACCUCCGAGCCCGCCGACGUCGUUUAUCACCUCACCCGCGAGGCCGUGGCGCUGCACGCUGGUAAGAAGGCCACGAACGCUAACGCCGUUCCUUCGCACCUACCCAGCGCGCCGAUGCAGUACGCCCUCAAGGGCCGCUGGCGGCUGACUUCGGCGGCGGAUAGCCCGGCCGCACCGUUGAACGAGAUCGAAGGCGAUUUGAUCGUUGAGACCGAGGGCGUGGGCAAGUAUAUCUACCGCUUGGAUCUGACGCUCAAGUCGGCGGGGAAGAUGGGGGCUAAGAAUAAUAAGCUUGUGUGGAGGGGGUUCUAUAACUAUGAUCGGAUGACGGAUGAUUGGGGCGAGUUUACGCUGAAACAUGAUAAGCCGUUCUUUUUCAGUCGGGUUAAGAGCUAUGGGGUUUUGGGUGAGUAG